GAGCGUGCGCACAGCAGAGCGGUGCUGGCUUGCCGUUAAUAAGCAUGCACACGAUCGGGCUACACCUCUUUCUCCCAACCUCCCGCAGAGAAGCGAGCCAUUCCCCGCCGCCACCCCGGCAGCCUGUCUCUCCACCGGGAAGCGGCUGCAGUCCUGUGCGCGCUGACUCGGCAGCCGGCCCCGUGGAGAGCUCUCCUUCCGAGGGAAGCGCGCCUCCAGGCCAGGAUCGCCUUCGCUCCAAGCAGGCCGAGGCGAGGCAGGGCUAGUCUCGGCAGCGGGCGGGGCGGUGCCGCCGCUGUCCUGGGCACAGGAAGCGGAAAGCGGCGCUGAAGCCGCCGAGUCGGAGCCUGGAGCUGAGCUGGAGAAGGAGGCGGCGGUGUGCGGGCAGGCUGGGUGGCUGGCGCUCCGUCCACCGGGAGCUGCAAGAUGGAACGGCGGCGGGCGAGAGGUUUAUGUUGAAGAUGGUUCCCUAGAACUGAAGAUUGAAAUUACUGUUCUCUCAAAAUUCUGUACGUGCGGAUUAUCGAAAAUCGGAGGCAACCACCAAAGUGCUUCCUUCGGACUUAGUGGCCUUCCUGGGUGCCUUUCUCUCCUGUAACCUGGCAUCUCUUCCACCAUGGAUACUGAGUCAACCUACUCUGGAUAUUCCCACUAUUCAGGUCACUCCAAAAAGGCCCAGAGACAAGGUCGGGACAGGCACAAAUCACCACGAAGUAAAGAUGGAAGCCGAUCGGAGAAGUCUGUUACCAUUCAAGCGCCAACAGCAGAGCCAUUGCUGGGGAAUGAUUCUUCUCGGGCAGAAGAAGCUCAGGAUGACAACUGGGGUGAGACCACAACAGCCAUCACAGGUACCUCUGAACAUAGCAUGUCCCAGGAGGACAUUUCCAGGAUCAGCAAGGACUUGGAGGACAGCGUUGGCGUAGAGUGCAAGCGCUAUUUUCUCUUGACGUUGGCUGCUGUCCUGGGACUCCUCGUCUUCCUCACCCCUAUUGCCUUCAUUCUGCUCCCGCAGAUCCUGCGGAGGACUGAGUUAGAGCCAUGUGGCACGGCUUGUGAGGGGCUCUUCAUCUCUGUGGCUUUCAAACUCCUCAUCCUCUUGAUUGGCACCUGGGCUCUCUUCUUCCGCCAGCCCAAGGCUGACCUCCCCAGGGUGUUUGUAUUUCGCGCCCUCAUUUUGGUCCUCAUGUUUCUGCUGGUGUUUUCUUACUGGCUCUUUUAUGGCGUCCGCAUUUUGGAAUCCAAGGACAUCAAUUACCAGGGGAUUGUACAGUUUGCUGUGUCGCUGGUGGAUGCUCUUCUUUUUGUCCACUAUCUCGCCAUUGUGGUGCUGGAACUGAGGCAGCUGCAACCAAUGUUCACGGUCAAGGUGGUUCGAUCGACAGAUGGAGAAUCACGCUAUUAUAGCCUGGGACACUUGAGUAUCCAGCGUGCUGCUUUAGUCGUUCUGGAAAAUUACUACAGAGACUUUUCUGUCUACAACCCGCUGUUGUUAACAGCUUCCAAAGCACGUGCAGAGAAGCACUUGGCGGGUCUGAAGGUCUACAAUGUCGAUGGGCCAGAUAACAGUGCUGCUGGGCAGUCCAGGGCCAUGAUCGCUGCUGCAGCUCACCGCAGAGACUCCAGUCACAAUGAGCUCUAUUACGAAGAAGCAGACCACGAGCGGAGGGUCCGAAAACGUCGAGCAAGGCUUGUGGUAGCAGUUGAAGAAGCUUUCACCCACAUUAAGCGCCUUCAGACAGAGGAGCAGCCAAAAGCCCCAGGGGAAGUGAUGGAUCCCCGCGAGGCAGCUCAAGCCAUCUUCCCAUCCAUGGCAAGAGUGCUGCAGAAGUACCUCCGCACUACAAGGCAGCAGCACUACCAUACCAUGGAGAGCAUCCUGCAACACCUGGCCUUCUGCAUUGCCAACAACAUGACGCCAAAGGCUUUUCUGGAACGUUACCUCAGUCCAGGCCCAACCCUGCAGUACAACAAAGAUCGUUGGGUCUCCAAACAUUGGACGCUGAUUAGCGAGGAAGCUGUUACAAAAGGAUUAAGAGAUGGUAUUGUGUUCGUCCUCAAGAGCUUGGACUUCAGCCUUGUUGUUAAUGUGAAGAAAAUUCCAUUUAUCAAACUCUCAGAGGAGUUUGUAGACCCCAAAUGUCAUAAGUUUGCCCUUCGCUUGCAGUCUGAAACAUCAGUCUAGCUUAGAGGCCAUAAACAUGUGUAGAUGAUGAGAAGGUAAUUUCUGACUUCAUGCUUUCAGGGGUUUUUUUUUGGGGGGGGUGUUGCUUCAUUUUUGUUCAGAUUAAAAAACAACAGACGAUGGACCGUCCACACUUACCUGGAAAGAGAGUGGAGGAGGGUCUCUUUUGACAGAUCUGAAGAGCUCACUGAUUGGGUUGGGCAUGUUCAUUGGGACAGAACGGCUUCCCUUGGGUCGUGCACAUUGCAGAGGCCUGUAAGCCCAUGUAGUGUUCUGCUUCUGCCUGCCACCCUGCCUUAGAUCUCCUGGUGUGUAAGUGGUACUUCUCUUCCACCCCAGACUGCCUCUGUAUUCCUCAACAAACAGCUUUUCACAAACUCUCAUAAGCUUGCUUGGCUUUUGGCAGUCAUCUCCAUGGCUCAGUUCAAACCUCAUAAAAAGCCAUGGUUUACGGAACUGAAACUAUGGUUUGAACGUCCAAACCUAUGGUAGGCGGUUCACGGUUUAAAGCAGCCCACUUGCCUUCACUUUCAGUUCUCCAGCAUUCAGUACCACAAAUUCGUUCCCAUGUUGCAUAUACCCAGCUUCUGGAGGGGAAGAGAUGCCUUCCAUUGUGAUUUGUCCAUGGAGACAUUUCGUUGUAUUACAAUGGUUAAAGCUUCCUUGCCGUGGUUUGUUAGGAUGCCAGAACUGAGCUUCUACGAAUGGGAUUUUCAGUUAUUGCUAUUGGGCACUACCUGAUGUGGGAAGGACAUUCUGCUUCUGAAAGAAGGUAAUUUGUGUAUUUUGAAGGGAAAUGCUUCUACAUAACUCUACCUUUCCAAUGAUUGACAAAGUUAGUACCCCCCCCCCACCAGCACUCUGUUUUAUAGCUGUUUGAAUAAUGACCAAUGGUGUGUGUCUGGUACAUAAAUAGGUUUGUCAUAAUGGCUUUCAUUCCUUUCAGCCUUCUAAAGCUAUACACUUGCCCUACUGGGUUAAGCACCCCUCAUCUUUCCUUGUGUGUAGACCCCUGUUAAUCUAUUUUUCUAACCUUUCGAGGGUUUGUCCAUUACUCCCUCUCCGUUAUAUAUAUUUAUGCAGUUGCAGAACGUUUGAGAAGAGUGUGGAGUUUACUGGAGUCUGACCAAUUUGAUUGUGAAAGAGGGGGGGGGUGUUUCCUAUUUAAAAGGGUUUUAUAUUCCCCCCGGAGAAGAAUAGGAAUUUCAAGUCUCUUUAUACCAGCACAUGCCUACAGGGGAGGGGAAUGUUAGAUUCAGAGCAGGGAAGACUUUCAGAGAUUCAGGCAGCUACUUAGCAUUUGAAACCAAGCUGUAUUGAACGUUUCCAGGAGCCCACAUCACUUAGCUGACCGUGGUAGUCAGCUGUGGUUGCCACUGACGCUUUUAUCCUGGCAAGUCCUCAGUCAUACCCCAGCCUCUCACUUCAUUUUCGAAAGCAGCAAUUUUCUUAUUGUUUCUGAGUAUCUCCAUAGCCUGAAGCAAGUGGAAAACCACUCAGCAAGGGAGAGGGACUUUAUGCAUUUGCUACUCUGCUGUUUUUCCCCAUACACUGGAGUUGCUGUUUUCAGGCAUGGAGAAUGGGUGGGGCGGGGGGGUGACUGGUUUUUGCACCAGCCCUGUCACUCUGCAUGUAGGAGAGGGCAAGUCCUGUCUCUCCCGUGUGUGGGAAACUCUGGAAAGGGCAGGGGAGUGGGAGCAACUUGGUUGUCAUUCUGGUUAUUUCACAGCUCCAUUUUGGUGGAUCCCUGCAUGUUUCCUUGGCCAUUGUGGUUCUCCUGCAUCCUAGUUUCCAGGUUUUGCUGGCAGCUGCUCUUGUUUGACGAGGGUUUCUUUUAAUCUUAGCUUAUUUUCUAAGGGAUAUGAAAAGAUAUAAUCGGAUAAAACCUAACACUUAACAGAAGGAGUAGUCCCGUAAACAUAAUGCUACCACAAAUUGUUCACUCCAGAUAUAUCCUUCAUUAAUGUUAAGCCAUAGCUAACACUGCUUGGCAUGUGUCUUCUUCAGGUGUUCCAAUAAUUAAGAAAAUGAGGCCAAUGCUUGCUUACUUAUGCAAAAACACAAACACACUCUCAAGUUCAGUGUAUUUUCCCAUCCCACCAAUGCCUACAACACGUUAAUUAAUUAUUUGCAUCUACCUUUCACACUUUCCUCAACUUUUAAUUCAAAUCGGGAAGCAGACUGUUUUCCCCAAAACUUUGGUAAGAACACUAUAGCUAGCUAGCAAUAACAAAUCGGCCAAUUAAUCUUUGAUUCUUCCUCACAGUACCUGUUAGAUAACUACUAAUUUCUUCACAACAUUUCUUUAAUUAUUAAAACACGUUUCCAGUAUGGUUUUACCGAUCUAUACUACUCCAUACUGGCCUUUGUGGUUUUUUGUUUUUGUUUGGUCUCUGUUAAUGUUCUGUACAAAUAGCACACACUUUUCUUAAUCUGGCAGAUUUGUAUUACCAACAUGUAAGAUUGUGUAAAAAAAACACCCAUGUAAGAUUGUGUAAAAAAGCAUUGCCGGUGACACAUUGCAUAUAAUUUUUAGAAGGCUUUUUGAAUCGGUCUGUAAACGCUUGGUCUAAAUCUGAACAUCUUAGACGGCACAUUAAAUUGGGCUGAGCCUGAAGCUGGUAUUCCAAGCUGAGGACUUCCCUGCUGGCUGGCUGGCUGGCUGGCUGGCUGAUAACAUAGCAAAGGAUCCAAACUUUCCAUCCGAAAAUUAAUCCCAGCCGAGGCAUAAUAAUAGAGUGCGGGUAGAAAGACUCAUAUCCCAAGCCAACAAGGCCCUGACUCACACCUUCAAACCCUUAGUUGAAUUUGGAGCCAUAGCUAAAUAAUUUGGUUUGAACUUCGUGUUUGGCGCUUCAACCCAUGAAUGACACCUAUGCAUUAUGACACUUGUCCUUCUCAAAGCUGAAGAAGAGCUUUCUGCUGUGGAUGUGUGUUUGGUAACCCCUUCAAUUCCUGCAGCGGUAGCCGAGUCAUUCAAAGGUAGCCGAGUCAUUC